AUGGAGGAGAAACUCCACGCCGUCGGCAGCAGAAACAUCUCCAAUCACAGCCUGGGGGACCUGAGCUCCUUCCUGCCCCCCGACAGCACCAAGGCCGCUCGCAUUGCCAUAGCUGUGAUCUACUCUAUCAUCUGUGCCCUGGGUGUGGUGGGCAACGCGCUGGUGCUCUUCUUGUUGGGCUCAAGGCGCCGGGGGAAGAUGUCCAGCAUGAUGUUCUUCGUGCUCAACUUGGCAGCCACUGACUUCCAGUUUGUCCUCACCUUGCCCUUCUGGGCUGUGGACAUGGCCCUGGACUUCAGCUGGCCCUUUGGCAAGCUCAUGUGCAAGCUGGUGUCCUCGGUGUCCGCUAUGAACAUGUACGCCAGCGUCUUCUUCCUCACCGCCAUGAGUGUGGCCCGCUACUGCUCUGUCGUGUCCUCCCUCAAGGCCAAGGAAGGCUCUGCCUCCCGGUGCCACGCCAAGCUGGCCAGCGCUGUCAUCUGGGUCUCUACAGCCAUUGCUACCCUGCCACAUGCCGUCUUUUCCACCACCCAUGCGGUCUCCGGGGACGAGCUCUGCCUAGUCAAGUUCCCGGAGCUGGAGGACAUCGACCCCCAGGUCUUGUUGGGCUUGUACCAGACCCAGAAGGUCUUGCUGGGCUUUGUCAUCCCUCUGGCCAUCAUCUUGGCCUCCUACAUCCUCCUCCUCCGCUUUCUGAGCCGGAUGAAGACGAGCCGCAGCCACCCCCGCAGGAGGUCCCGGGUCACCAAGUUGGUCACUGUCGUGGUGCUCACCUUCUUCCUCUGCUGGCUCCCCAAUCAGGCGCUGACGGCCUGGGGCAUCUUCAUCAAGUUCAACCUGGUGCCCUUCACCGAGGCCUUCUAUGCCGCCCAGGCCUAUGUCUUCCCCGUCACCGUGUGCCUGGCUCAUGCCAACAGCUGCCUCAAUCCCGUCCUCUACUGCCUGGUGAGGAGGGAGUUCCAGGAGGCGCUCAAGGGACUCUUGCACAAGGUAACCCCCUCCUUCAGCCGGCGCACUGGCCAAGCCCCCCCGCCAGCCGAGCCUGGUGUCCCCAGCUCUGCCCCUGGAGAAGGAGCUGCCUCAGCCCCUGGGCUGCACCUGUGA